GGUGUGUGGUUGCCAUUGGAAAUUGAUUUCCAGUUGCCUGGCAACGUUGAGUUUAAGUUGCCACCAGGAUAGCCAUGCCUGGCCGGUAGUUAGUCGGCUGCAAGUUCUGCGGCGCAAGGUGUAAGCAUGGGCUUGUCGGACCUAGAAGCGAUACCUGAUUCGGGUGCGGUAUUUACGAUAGGACGCAGCCGGUUCGCAGACAACAUCGCAUCACACUUCUUCAUACGAAAGGAUCCUGUGGUCUCCAUCACGUGCGGGGACGAGCACUCCGCUGUCAUUUGCCAAACUGGCAGGCUUUUUGUCUUCGGUAGCAACGAUUGGGGUCAGCUAGGACUUGGUCAUAAAAACCACAUUAGCAAACCAUCGUGCGUGAAAGUUCUGAAGCCAGAAAAAGUUACACACGUGGCCUGCGGUCGAGCACACACUUUAAUUUGCACAGAUUCGCAGAAGAUUUUUGCCUGCGGCAGCGAUCAAGAAGGACAACUGGGUCGGGGAAGAUCAGCGAUUGGAGAUUCCGCAAGCUCCCCGGUGUUAGUGUACGACACGGGACUGGCUGGACCAACGAUAGUUCAAAUCGCAGCUGGCUCCCAUCAUUCCCUCGCCCUCACCAGCGAUGGCGGCGUUUUCGCGUGGGGCAGCAAUCUCGAGGGCCAACUGGGUUUACCUGACGUUUCCGGUUUGGUAAACAAACCGACAAAAGUCCACAUACCCGAACCAGUCAAACAAAUUAGCGCCGGCUAUUAUCAUUCUUCUUUUCUGACAGAGAGCGGUCUCGUUUACGUUUGCGGCGAGACGGAAAGCGGGAAAUUAGGGAUCGAAGCGAAAUUUUCAACGCAGAUCGUGCCGAAACAAAUGCAAUUGCCCGGCCCGGCUGUGCACGUGGCGUGCGGUGGUCAUCAUACUAUUAUUUUAGCUGAUAAUGGAAACCUAUAUUGUACCGGGAGUAACUCGUGUGGACAAUUGGGGCUUGGGUCAAAUGUCACGGAACUGGACACGCCGAAACUCCUUCCACGCGGUGCCCUGCAAAAUGAAAGUGUUUCUCACAUCGGCUGCGGGGAAAGCCACACCGCCAUUGUUACCGGCUCCGGAAAACUGUUCACAUGCGGCGACGGGAGACACGGGAAAUUGGGUCUGGAGGAAAACGAGAACAAUGUCCACGAGCUGACUUUCGCUCCGAGAUACAAGGAGCUCGUCGUCUCGAAGGUUGCAUGCGGUGGCUGCCACACAAUUUUAGUCGGCUGCAGACGGGCGCCCAUUAAUUCGACGGCCAAGGAAAACGAAACGUCGCAGAUGGAAACUCUGCAGAAGAGAGGAACAUUGCCGCCCUUAAAAGUCCCACUAAGCAGACGACAAAACGACCUCCAGCAGGACAAGAUCAACGAGAACGUGACGGAGACGAACAGCGACGAGAAUAACACAACGGAGGAACUGGCUGCAGAAUCGAAGACGGAAAGUGUUCAGAUGGACGCGGAAAAUAAUGAAGAAACCGCGACGAACCGUGACACCGAUUCGAUGAACAAUAUCGAGAAAGCUGACAGCCCGGAAAAGUCGGCGGAAUCUUCGCCGAGAGAAACAACGUCGGACAACGAAUCGACUAAACAGACACCGGAAGUGGCUACCGAAGAGCCGCGUGAAAAUUCCGCGACGGAAGAACCGAAGCCGGAGAACGACGACAAAGAGGCAGAGAAUAAUAACAACAAUAACGUGCCAGAAGCGCAGACGGAGAGCGAGAACCCGGUCCAAGAAACGAAGACGUCGGAGGACGCGAACGACGAGGAGAAGAACGAAGAGAACAAUAACGUGGCGAACGAAGAGACGGCGGGGAACGAAUCGGAGGAUGCGAAACGGCCGAACGAGGAAGACGGCGCGACGGAUAAUCGGGAGAACGAGGAUUCGGAGCCAGGUGACGCGACGGCGGAGUCGGGCGAUAAAGACAAGGAAGAGAAAAGUCCGGCGAGGAUGACUUCCGGUUCCACGCCGCCGCCGAAACCGCCGAGGCUGAAGUCCGGAAGCAGCAAUAGCUCGUCGACGGGGAAGGAGGACGAACCUAACGAGGCGAAUGCUGCGGCUGAUACGGCCGUGAACAAGGAACCGGAAAUAGCCGAUGACGACCACGACGAAGAGGAGUCCGCGCGGAAACGCGAAACGCGGUCGGUGAAGUCUUCGACGAAGAGCGAAAGUUCGAGAUCGACGAGGUCGAAACACGACACGGACGAGACGAUAGAAAUCGAUAAGCAAACCGACAAGGAGAAAAUCAUCGAGGAGGAGAAGAUGAACAAUGAUCGCAUCCAGGACGACGCGGACGUUGUGCAGUCGCCGGCACCGAGAACUGGGAAAAUGGCGAAGAUAUUCAAAGCUAAAAGGCAACAAGCGAUUGAAAAUGGCACCAAGAUAGCGAGUAAUGCGAGUCACAAAUCAAAGUCGAAAACGUGCAAUAUCCUGUGAUCAAGAAUUCCUCGAGGAUGUAACAUAAUUCGUCAGAUUUUUUCUAAUGUCGGGGCGACUGACGCGCAAUCGGGACCAAUGCAUCGAAAUGAAAUUUCAUUUCCGUACAUAAACGAUCUUUCUUUCGACAUCAUCGUGAUUUGCAUUUUGAAAAAAUGUCAUCUUUACGUCUCCUUUUACAAGGCAACCCACUUCUUCGACGAUAAUAAUGAAUAACGUAACGAGAAAAUGAUUUCGAUGUACACGUGUCUUGGACGUUAGUGAAAAAAAAAACGUGUGUAAAUAAAAUAUGAGGCGAUGGAGAGAGAGAAAGAGAGAAAAAGAAAGAGAGAGAGAGAGAGAGAGAGAGAGAGAGAGAGAGCGACGACCGAGUUCGACGCGCAGACGAAGAGAAAAUUCAGCUAAACUGCGACGUGUUGCAAAUUAGUUUAACAUAUCAACUAAAAAUAAUAUUUCAAGCUGCUUUCACGUAUCGCGUGUUUCGAUUCCGAACGUUCUUUUGUAUAAUGAGCAUGUACAAAUAAAUGUAGACGCAAGGGAUCCUGAUAAGUUUAUCGUUUUUAUUUACAUAAUCGACGAAGCAUAAUAUCGUGCGAAGCAUUUACGUAUGUAAUUAUCUCGAGGUUCUCGGUGACGAUAGCGUACAAAUAAUAAACAAAUUACUGCUAACAUA